UUUCACUCUUUCUAUUCCCAAAGUUUCACUAUCAAAUAAAAUUUUAAAAAAUUAAAAAAAAACAACUCACAACUUAAUAUAAAAAGCUCUUUUUUUUUUUCUUCUUCUUCAUUUUAAGGUUUAAACGCUUAUAGUCUCACUCUCACCAAACCUUCAUCGAUUCUUCCGCUUUUUCACCGAUCGCAUCAUCCAGAUCCAGAUCAAAUGGCAACUACGGCUCUUUUGCGUUUUACACCCACCUCUGGUAAAACUAACAGCCAUGCAAUUCCAUUUUCAUCACCAUUAUCAUCGUCAUCACCUCAGUUGAAUAACCGUUCUGUUUAUCUCACCAAACCAACCCAUUUGCCUCAAAGAUUGAAACUUUCAUUUGCUGCUGGAGGUGAUGGAGGUGAUGGGGUUGGCCGUGGUGGUAGUAGUGGUGGAGGUGGUGGAGGUGAAAAUUGGGGUGGUGCUGAUAAGGAUGAUGGAAAUUCAAAUUCCAAAGAUUCAUCUUUUGGGAUUUUGGGUUUGUUUCUGAAUGGUUGGAGAUCAAGGGUUGCUGCUGAUCCACAAUUUCCUUUCAAGGUUUUGAUGGAAGAGUUGGUUGGUGUUACUGCAUGUGUUUUAGGUGAUAUGGCUUCAAGGCCUAAUUUCGGUUUGAAUGAACUCGACUUUGUUUUUUCAACUCUUGUUGUUGGUGCUAUUCUCAAUUUCACACUCAUGUAUCUGUUAGCACCAUCGUUAGGAUCUGCUUCAGCUACUUUGCCUGCAAUCUUUGCAUCUUGUCCUAAGAGUCACAUGUUUGAACCUGGUGCUUUUAGUUUAUUGGAUAGGUUAGGUACUUUGGUCUACAAAGGAACCAUUUUUUCUGCAGUUGGAUUCGGUGCUGGUCUUGCUGGAACUGCGCUUUCAAAUGGGUUGAUUAAGUUGAGGAAGAAGAUGGAUCCAACCUUUGAAACACCGAACAAAGCACCACCUACUUUACUCAACUCUCUCACUUGGGCUGCUCAUAUGGGUCUCAGCAGCAACUUGAGGUACCAAACACUUAACGGGGCCGAGUUCAUGUUGGAGAGAGGUCUUAAUCCUUUGGUGUUCAAGGCUUCCGUGUUGGUGCUUAGGGUUGCGAACAAUGUUCUUGGAGGAAUGUCUUUUGUGGUUUUGGCAAGGUUGACAGGAGCGCAAAGUUCCGGUGUAAAGAAGCCGUCAGAAUUGGAGGUUGGAUUAGUUGAGAAAGCUGAAAGGGAAAGGGAAGAAGAGGCUUUGGAGAGUAGCAACCAAACAACAGCAACAAAGUGAAGUAGCAUCACUUGAUUUGGUUUUAUCUAUUGCUUUGACCAAGGUUGUUGGAUAGAUGACUGCUUUUUUAGUUUUUCUGAAUUUUCUAUAGAUUUUCCUAGUGUCAAAAACUUUGGAAGCAACAAAUAAGAACGAAUGGUACAAAUUUCAGGCAGGAUUUUAUGCUAUGUUGCUGAAAAUAACAAGCUGAAACAAGGUGACAAAUUAGUUUGGCCAUGUAUUGGAUUUUGGACCCCCACCGUUGUUAAAUUAAAAUGCUAUGUCUACUGUUUUUUGUUUCUAUUGUCUCAGUUGGUUUUUGUUGUCUUUUUCUAGAUCAGUUAUUAUUUUGUCAUUGUAAAAGUAUCACAAAUCUAGUUUGGAGUGUUGGCUAAAUAAAAUCAUAUGCAAUAUAUUGGUAUCAAA